AUGGCUAGACUUGUUGGCUGCGUCCUGCGUCUUUACGUGUUGGAGAUAGCCAGUGCCAUAGAUGACGGAAAUUCACCAAGUACUUCCAGUUCUGUUCAAGAAGUGGCAAACAACUCUGAGCAAAUUCCUUCUACAUCUGCACAGAUGACAUCAAGCACUCGUGAAGAACCUAUCGAAAAAAAGAAACGAUUUAAUAAAUUUCUAGAUUCUUGGACUACUCGGCCUGAAUUCAAGGGAUGGUUAACGAAACACAAUGAAAUUAGAGAUGGUCACGAACUAGCAUUUUGUAGAAUUUGUAAUAUGACUGUAAUCGCACACAAAAGUGACUUAAUACGCCACCUGAAUUCAAAAAAACAUCUUCGAAUUUCUAAACAAGUAUCGGGAUCAAAAAAAAUUGACGAUUUAGUGCGGGAAUCAUCUGUAGACGUUAAAGUACGUCGUGCAGAAUUAAAGCUUUGUGCAAUGCUUGCUACAAAUAACUUACCGUUCUCGUUGAUGGACACUGUUAUCCCUUUAGCUAAAGACAUUUUCACAGACUCUGAGAUCGUAAGCAAAUUGGCAGUACGACGAACUAAAGCCUCUCAUUGUAUAAAAAAUGCUUUAGGCAACAACUUGGCUAAUAUUGUGUUUGAUGCACUUAGAGUUCCUGGCGCUUUCUUCUCCAUAAUUAUGGAUGAAACUACAGACUGUAGUACUAUUAAACAGCUUGCGUUCACAGUUAUUUAUUUUAAUGUUGAAAGUAACAAAGUUGAGACCCAUUUUUUUGAUAUGAUAGAGGUCAAAUCCGGAGAUGCCAUAUCUUUAGUGAAGUAUUUAACAAAUGUGAUAGAAUCAAAACAAAUACCAUUAUCGAAUCUCAUAGGCUUCUGUUCAGAUACUACGAACGUAAUGAUUGGAGAGCACAACUCAGUGUUUUCUCAUUUGAAAGCCGCAUUACCUAGCAUAGCGUGCAUCAAAUGUUCCUGCCAUUUAAUACAUUUAGCAGCAUCUAAAGCAUGCUUAAAACUCCCACGAUCUGUCGAAGAUCUUAUAAGAAACUUGGGGUCGCACUUCAGCCGCAGCUCUUUUAGACAAGAAAAAUUCGCAGAGUUUCAAGCUUUUUUUCAAUGUGAUUUACACAAAAUUUUGAACGUAGCUACAACACGCUGGCUGUCUGUGAAAAACUGCGUAGAUCGUGUGUUACAACAGUAUACUCCCCUGAGAGAAUAUUUAAGACUAGCUGUUUUCGAGGAUCCCUCUAAAACAACCGAAGAAAUGGUGGCUACAAUGGAUAAUGAGUUCACGGUUAUUUAUUUAGAAUUCAUGUCUUAUACUUUAGGUUUGCUGACUCAAUUCAAUUUAUUGUUUCAGUCAGAAACACCACUGCUAUAUAAAAUGAAAUCUUCAGUCGAAAAUCUGUUGAAAACUGUGUGUAGCAAUUACAUCACAUUUUCUUAUGUGAAGUCUUGUACUGAUAUAAUGAAAAUUGAGUUUGAUGAUGAAUCCAAAUAUGACAGAUUGGACAGAGUGUAUCUAGGUGUAUUAGCUACCGAAAGCUUACAAAAGUUAAAAAAUAACUCACAGGUUCCUGAAACUGAUGUCAAUAUGUUUUUGAUAACUUGUCGCAGCUUUUAUGUGGAGUUGGCUAAACAAAUCCUACAGAGGUUUGACUUUAAGGACAGUCUUUUUAAUUUUAUUGACUUGGUAAAUCCUUCUGUUGCUCAAAGUUUCACUUUUAAAUCUUUGAAGCCAAUCUUUGUAAGAUUUCCAGUAUUGUACGAUUAUUACAACAUGCAAGAAGUUGACGAUGAAUGGCGAGAACAUGCUCUACUUGAUCAUGAAAGCUACGACUUGCAUCCUUCAGAUGGUGCUGAGGAGUAUUGGCGUAAAGUUUUCCACUUAAAAAAUGCCCUUGGUCAAAGUUUGUUUCCAAAUUUAAAAGGCAUUUUAAAUGCCUUAAACCAGCAGCCACGUAGACCGCGUACGCGAGGAGGUCCUCGUUCUCGAGGGGGUCCGCGUACACGGGGUGGACGUGUUGGGGGACCACCACAGGUGGACGAGGUGCUUGUGGUGGCUGGCCCCUCAGGGCUGCAGGAACGCGACGUCGCGGUGGCUGGCCCCUCAGAGCUUCAGGCACGGGGCAGCGCGGUGGCCGGCCUGGGUCUUGAGGAACCUUCUGGCCUUGCUUUAGAGGUUCCUAUGCGCCCUAGAAGGAAUCGCAUGUGGCAACCAUCCGAAGUACGGUCAUCCUCACCCCGCGGCUAC